AUGAGUAUACAAAAAAUUCUAUAUACAUGGGGAAAAGGUAAAACAGGAAAUACAUGUCACAAUGUUGAUAAGAAACUACCAACACCUCCAAGUGUACUAUUAUCACUCAAUCUAAGUCAAUUGAGUCUUGGAGCGAAUCAUGCAGCUGCGAUAGUCAAUGACGAAUGUUUGAUGUGGGGAGAGGUGUUGGGAAGAAAGCAUACGACCGUUUUCAAGAUUGUUUGGGGAAAGCGUGUCAAUUCAGUGUCGUGCGGACUCAACCAUACCAUACUGUCUACCGAUGACGAUGGCGUGUGGUCUAUGGGAUACAACAAUGAGGGUCAGCUGGGUGUCGGACAAGACAUUAGCGAGAGUGCUGUACCCCUCCGAGUAUUAUUGCCUCCAGACAUACGACAGAUUGUAGCCGGUCCAAUGACAGGCGCUGCCAUUACAUCGGAUGGCGAAUUAUAUAUGUGGGGAUCGGCAAAGUAUGGUCAAUUGGCCAAUGGAAAGGCAUCAGACAGAGCCAACCAGAUGGUACCACAACCUGCCCAACUUCCCCUCGACGAUCUCAAUGUUAGCAGCAGUAGCGUAGGGUCUGGCGGACGUGUUCGUUGGAGAAAGGUGACGUUUGGAGAAAAGCAUACGAUUGGUCUCACACGAAGAGGCACCGUCUAUAGUUGGGGUAUCAAUGAAUUUGGACAGCUCGGACUUGGACAUCGCAACAACAAAGUCAUCCCUGUAUUGGUCGAUCUCAAGUCAAUGGCCGGUGGAGAAAACAAUGCCUAUUUUAAAAUUGUAGAUAUUUCAUCUGGAGGUUAUCAUUCAUCUGCAUUGUCUGAAGAAGGAAUUUUAUAUUGUUGGGGAUCAAAUCAAUAUGGUCAAAUUGGUAAUGGAGAUUUAGAAGAUCAAGUAUCACCUGUUAAAAUCAAAGUAGAUGUUGAAGAUAAAAAGGUUAAAAAGGUGGCAAUGGGUAGUAACCAUACUGUAUUGGUAACGAUUACCGGCGAAGUAUAUACAUUUGGAAAUAGUGAUUACUAUCAAUUGGGACAUGGAAACAACAAGAAUAGAAUGUGGCCAUCUUUAAUCGUAAAGCCACCGAAAUUAAAGGCAUCUGAUAUAUUUGCAGCAGGCGACUGCUCUGCAUUAUUUGUUGAAGAUUCUUCAAGUGUUAUGGAUCCAUUAAUAAUGGACCAAUAUUUUUUAAAUACUGGCAAUAAUAAUAAUAGUAAUAAUAAUAAUAAUAAUCAUACUACUACAAGUUCAAUGAGAAAACAUCUUAGUGUUUGGGUUGGAUCAUGGAAUUGUAAUGGUAAACGAUCGACCAAUCUAGCAAAUUGGUUACUUUGUAAUAAUUUUGCACCAGAUGUUGUAGUCAUUGGUCUACAAGAGAUUGUAGAUAUGAAAGCAAGCUCGAUUGUAAAAGCAACGGCUGCCGACAAGAAUAAUAACAAGGAGAACGCAUAUCAUCCUUGGAAACAUGAUAUCGAACAAACUCUAUCACUGUCAACUGGUGGUACCAAAUAUGUAAAGGUUAUGAGUAAAGUUUUGGUUGGUAUCAUGUUAUUGGUCUAUGUAAAAGAAGAACAUGCUCCUUUUGUUGAGGAAAAACAUGGUCAAAAAGUUGCUUGUGGUGCAAUGGGUAUUGGAAAUAAAGGAGGAGUUGGUAUAAGAUUUCAAAUUUAUAAAACUGGUUUUUGUUUUAUAAAUACUCAUAUGGCAGCUGGACCUUCACAUGAAAGAAUGGAAAGAAGAGAAAAAGAUUUUAAAAAGAUUCAAAUGAUGUCUUUUGAUAAUCAUCUAUCACCUUUGGAUCAUGAAUGUUUAAUAUGGUGUGGAGAUUUAAAUUAUAGAAUUGAUUUGGGACAAAAUGAAGCAAAACAAUUAAUUUUUAAUAAGCAAUGGCAAACAUUACAUGCAGCCGAUCAGCUGUUAAAUGAAAGAAGAGCUGGUAGAGUAUUUAUUGGAUUUCAAGAACAACCAUUGACAUUCCCACCCACCUACAAAUACGAUGUUGGAACGAGUGUUUACGAUACAAGUGAAAAGAAUAGAACACCUUCCUACACUGAUCGUAUUCUUUACCGUGGCGAGACGAUCAAACCAAUCAACUAUCGUCGUCACGAACUCUACGAGAGUGAUCAUCGUCCCAUUAGUGCACUCUUUUUGGUAGAGGUUAAGGAAUUUAUUGAUAACCAAUGCCAAUCGAUUGGUAGUGCCAUGAUGGGAGGUGCAAGCACUGGCAAAUCAAUCCCUCUCCGUAAUGGUUGGAGACGAUUCAAGACGGAACGACCAGAAUCUCCCGACCUCUUUUCACCCACUAGCUCUGCUUCACCUUCUUCUUUUUCGGCGUCUUCGCCAAGCCUCUUCAAGAUUACUAUUGGACACAAUACAAGAUCGAUGGAUACAGGAAGUCCUGUUCCCAUGAUGUCUUCGUCACUCAAUUUCAGUGCAGGUGAUCUACCAACGAAAAAACAACUGCCCGCUCCUCCAGUACCCCCCAAGUCAUCCAAGAUCAUGUCGAUGAACAGUAGCAACAAUAAUAUCAAGCGUAUCCCCAUAUACACGUCGAACCAAAAAGUCACCUCUCCCAAUUCAGGAACUAGUCCACAACUGUUUGGCAGAGGAGCAAAAGAUCAAUUUGUGGUCGGCAGUUUACCCAACACCCCCAAUCUCAUGUCUUUGAACCUCGCCGAUGGUAGUUCAGGCCGAUCACCCCGUAAACUAUCGUUUUCAGCCGAGGAUAUUCACUCUUCACUUGCCAAGAUGAAUGUUUUGCCAAGUGGCCAUCGUAUUGUCAAACAUCCAAUGCAACAACGUCAAUCGUCGAUACUACCACAACCACUCCACAGCGGCGAGAGCACACCCGAGCCUCCAAGUAUGGGUCAAAGUGGAGACACUAUUGUCAUUGUCGACAGUAGGGACAAAAAGAUUACAACUAGUAUCAACUCAUCGAUUUCUAGCGAUAUUAGUCUUGACCUCUCGCUGGGUAGUUUGACAGACUCUACCUCUUCAUUGGCAUUGAUCAAUGGAAUGGAUGUUACACCCAACAACCAUUUCUAUCGAAAGAAGAGUAGAAGUACAAUUGAUAUCUCUAGUGUUCAUAAUGUACUUGACGGUGGACAACAUCGACAACAUUAUGUGGCAGAAGUUAUUUGCGAAGAUAGUGAGGAUGAAUAUAGCGACGAAGAGGAACUGGUCGAAUUACAUUCAAAGGCUCAUCAGAAAAAGAUCAAUACAACUCCAUGUCAUCUCGAAGACUUGCCAUUGAACUUUUCAGAUACUCAUUCUGACAUUAAUUCAGUUGUCGAAGAACAACACAAUACCAACAGUGUCAACAGAAUUGAAAAUAGUAUUCAUGGAAGUCAAUGUGGUGAUUUGGAAUUAAUAGUUGAUGAAAAUGAUGAUCAAAAUAGAAAGUCAAAUCAAAAUCAAAAUAUUAAUAAUAAUAACAACAAGAUCAACGAAAAUAUAAAUGGUGUAAACAACAAGGAAAAAGAAAAUGACAGUGACAGUGAUGUCGAAUUGGAUAGUUUCUUAAAAGAAAACAAAACAGAUAAAGAUAAUGAUAACGAUUUACAACCUAUCAUCAACAACAUAAAAAAUAAUAAUAGUAAUAAUAAUAAUCAUACGAUAAUUAUUUCAACAAUUUCCCAAGCAUUUAAUAAUCAUAAUAAUAAUAAUAUUUCAAAGAUAAAUUCCGAUAAUAAUAAUAAUAAUAAUUCCUUUGACACCAACGUAAACUGUAUAAAUAAUACGACAACUACCGAAAAUAAUCAUAUACAUAAUAAUAAUAAUAAUCAAAAGAGUGCAUGGGUUGGACCAAUGAUAUCAUCUCAGAGUAUAGCGAUUCCAACAACAAACAAUAAUAACUAUAAUAAUAAUAAUAAUGAUAUUAAUAUUCUUGCAAGUAGUCCUUUAUUGUCAACUUCACCAUCCCCAUCAGGAUCAGAUCCUUCAAAGAUUCCAACAACACAUAAAUGGGUGCCAUCGGCAAAAAUUACACCUCGUAAAACAACCAAUUCUUUAGAUUCACAAUAA